AUUUUUCACUGUAAUAAUUGUUUUCUUUUUAAUAUCUGUAAAAGGCGGACAGUGAAAUGCAGAAGAUGGGCAAAGGUAAACCAGGAGAAAAACUUGAAAAGGCAGCGGAGACGCUAAUGCAGUGCUUCCGAACAUGUGCUAGUGACACGAGACCCCCGUGGACUGAUUCAAAGAAACAAGGAAUGCUGUACUUAGUCAAUCAACUUUUCAAAAUAUACUUUAAGAUUAACAAACUUCACCUGUGCAAGCCGUUAAUUCGUGCCAUUGAUAGUUCUAUGCAUCAAGAUAAAUACAGUAUUGCGCAGCGUGUUACCUACAAAUAUUAUGUUGGCAGGAAAGCCAUGUUUGAGGGCGACUUCAAGAGUGGUAAGUAAAACUUCUUACUUUUAAUCGAAGGGGAGUUUGUU